GAUGUGCGUGGACUUCAGUGAUUGAUUGUAAGAUGUCCUACUUCACUCUUGUCUUUUUAGCCCUCAGUAUCCUGAGCAGCUUCAUGCUGAGUGAGGUUUCUGCUCUCAGAUUGCCACUUCCAAUAGACAGUGAUCCUAAUCGAUUUAAAUGGGGACAGUUUCCAGAGAACACUUUGGAGAUUCCCCGGAGUCUGAAUAUAGAGGACUUCGCUCUUGAUGUAGCUCCAACCAGCGGUCGUGUGAGCUCUCCCACCAUCCUGCGACUUCACCCCAUAAUAGCAAAACCAGCACAUCUCCAUGCCAACCUGCCGCUUCGGUUCGGGCGGGAUGAGCAGGCGGGCACAGGUGACCGUGCUCCCAAGUCCACCAUCAACCUCCCUCAGCGUUUCGGCCGGUCCUGCACCAUGUGUGUGCGCUCAGAGAAUGCACCCUCAACCACAAUCACGCAAAAGUUUGGGAGGAGGAAAAUCUUCGCUUUAGACCCUUUUCGCGCCUUGACUGUGUACACACGCACACCUGAAUACCCAUUUCCAAAAGAAAGGACUCAAGUCCAUGACUACAUGCUUGAAAUAGAAGACUCAAAAGAAAGUGUAACGAACACAGAUUACACUGCUUUAGACUAAUGAACCCUGUAAAAACAACAGUUGAUGGGAGAUGUUUUAUGAAUGUCCGUUGACGUAUUUGCAUCUGUACUUUGCUGCUUGUAAAUUGCUAAAUUAAAGCAAAUUAUAAGUAACACUAAAUAGUUGUGACAGCUUUAUUCAGAUAAUUACAAUUCAAUAUUUUAAUAUAUUGAAGCAAUCCAACACCCAUAAAUGUAUCUUUGU